CUGGUCCCCCGUGCAGCUGUGACUGCAGAGGAUGAGCUCAGCUGACUUUCUGUCUGUUAUUAUGUCCGCGAUCCGCCAACACCCAGACUCGUCUCUGCAGACCACCAGCUCCUUUAAUGACCGCGUGCACAGGAGGAACAUGAGUCACCUGUGAGCUCUGCAGGAUGUCUUUUAAGAAGGACACACCCCUGUCUAAUGCUGUGUUUUGGGCAGCAAGGAAGGGGAACCUGGCACUCCUGCAGCUGCUGCUGAACAGCGGCCGAGUGGACGCAGACUGCAGAGACAGUGUACGGAUGCCCUGCAUGUCCUGGCCGCUUCGCUGCACGCUUUCCCCAUAACUCGCCUGUGUAUGGGACCACAGCGCUGAUGGUGGCGUCUUACAGCGGCCAUUAUGAUUGUGCCAAAGAACUGAUAAUGCAAGGAGCUGACAUCAACUAUCAGAGAGAGACAGGUUCCACCGCUCUGUUUUUCGCCUCACAGCAGGGACACCAAGACAUCACAAAGCUCCUGUUUGAGUUCGGAGCCUCCACAGAGUUUCAGACAAAGGACGGCGGCACGGCUCUCACCGUCGCCUCUCAGUACGGACACUCCAAGGUGGUGGACAACCUGCUGAAGAACGGAGCCAAUGUUCAUGACCAGCUCAAUGAUGGUGCCACCCCUCUGUUUCUCGCUGCCCAGGAGGGUCACAUAACUGUGAUUCGUCAGCUGCUUUCAUCCGGUGCCAAGGUUAACCAGGCCAGAGAGGACGGCACUGCCCCCCUGUGGAUGGCGGCUCAGAUGGGUCAAAGUGAGGCGGUGAAGGUGCUUCUCUUGCGUGGAGCAGAUCGAGACGCUGACAGACAAGAUGGAUCCACGGCGUUAUUCAAAGCAGCUUUAAAGGGACACAGCGGCGUCAUCGAGGAGCUCCUCAAGUUUUCUCCUUCUCUCGGCCUUCUAAAGAACGGAUCCACUGCCCUUCAUGCUGCUGUUAUGGGAGGAAAUCUACGAUCUGUUCUGCUGCUGCUGGGAGCAAAUGCAGACCCAAAGCUGCCAAACGAGAAUAACGAACUCCCUGCAGAUCUUACAAAAAACGACCGCAUCCUGAAACUUUUACAACCAAAAAUGUUGAACGGAGACAGUUGAUGACCGCUGUGAUGACGCCUGCCUGUAGCACACUGAUGAGGGAGAAGAAAACAAUGACAAAUCUACAACAUGUACUGUACAUGGUGCCUGUUAAUUCAAAUAAAUCUGUAAAAUGUUGAAUAAAUGGACUAAAUCCAGAGCAACACAAUGUGAAAUGAAUUCCUUCUUCCCUGUGCGUCUUCACCCUCCACGAUAAAUGCCUUAUUUCUACCCUGGGUGUUGUCAAAUAUUAGAGAUAUUUUGCAAAUUUUUUCUUUGUCUUCCUUUUGAAUAGAUGUACAGUAAGUGUAAAUGAAUAAAGUCUAAAUAUUCAACCAAUAA